CUUAUAGACAACGUUAUUACUUCAGAUAAUUGAGGUGUACAUUGAGGCAUGUGACUGUAUCAGACCGAGGGCUAGACUAGACUCUAAUUAAACUUUUUUUUUAUUUCGAUCCCACGUAUGGGCGGCGGAAAGCCCGAAAGGGGCAACAAAACCUAUGUCAAAAAUCAUAUCAAUAAACUUUCUUUUCAAAUCAACAUUGGUUUUGUUUUAAUGGAUUUAAUUAAUGAUAUUUAUUUGUUAUGGAAAUAUAGAUACCUGGGAUGAUAUAUUGAGGGAUUUGUUCUUCAAAGAUUACACCAAUUUGGAAAUGCAAACAAAGCUGCACUAUAAAGGAAUUAGUAUGAGUAGUCGUUCAAUAAAAAGACACUUGAGGAGACUGGGUUUGAGGCAACGUGGAAGAUGGAGUACACAAGAAAUUGUUACGGCAAUUCAGGAAGAAAUAAAAGGCAGUGGUCAAAACCUGGGAUACCGCAGCCUGACUAAGAGACUUUUGACAAAGCAUGGCAUGGCAGUUGGAAGAAAAUCAGUAUCUAGCAUUCUUAGGCAAAUUGACCCAAAAGGUGUGGAGCUUAGGACACAUCACUGCCUGAUCAGGAGGACAUACUACAACAAGGGGCCCAACUUCCUGGUCCAUAUAGAUGGGUAUGACAAAUUGAAGCCUUUUGGAUUAGCCAUACAUGGAGCCAUCUGUGGAUUUUCACGACGUGUCUUAUGGUUAAAAGUUGCCAGAACCAACAAUGACCCAAGAGUGGUUGCCUCAUACUUUCUAGAGUUUGUAGAAGAGAUAAAUGGAGUUCCAAGGUGUAUUCGGGCAGAUGGUGGGACAGAAAAUGGUAGUGUGGAAGAUAUGCAAAAGGCCUUGAGAUGGUAUGACGAUGAUGAUAUGAGUGGAGAAAAAAGUGUAAUAAUUGGUAGCUCUACUUCAAAUCAGAGGAUUGAACGCUGGUGGAGGUCAAUGCGGCAGAUGGGGAUUGGGUUUUGGAUCGACUUUUUCAAGGAUUUAGAAUAUCAAGGCCUUUUCUCCAAUGCAAUUGAGAUGCACAUAGAAUGCCUUAGGUUCUGUUUUACAAAAAUAAUUCAGCAAGAGUUGAAUCAAAUACGACAUGACUGGAAUCAUCACAACAUCAGGAUGACAUCCAGACAACCAGAGGAGUGUCCUUCUGGAAAACCAGAGAUGAUGUAUCUACACCCUGAGCUAUACGGGACAGUGGAUUACAAAUUUUCAGUGAAAUUAAGUGAUGUGGAGUCCUUGAAGAGUUUCUGUAGUUAUCCAAGCUGCUAUGGAUGCAUAGAGGAGAUGAAGGAACACUUCACGUCUAUUUUGCUUGAAGGUAGAAGAAGUGAGCCUAUAAAUUCUGAAGAUGCAAAGGAACUGUUCCAAUGGAUGUUACAAAAGAUAUAGAUUGGAUAAGUUGACAAUGUGAUGAGGAUUGUGACAAUAAUAGUUUAUCCUCAAAAACUUUAAAGAUUAACAAAAACAAGAGGCCAAAAGGACCUUAAAUGGUUAUCAGACUUAACAUUGAGUACCGGUAUGUCAAACUUCAAAAAGUAGUAUAACCCAUAAUGGUUGAAAUGUUGGAUACAUGUGACAUUAAAAGUAGGUCAAGCUCAUUCAUUUGAAUAAAAUUGGUAUUCCUCCGUCCCAGCAAGCUACAGGCCCAACAUCAGGUCUCUAUAUAUAUGUAUCUAGGUUAUUGAGAAGUUUUUUUUUAAAUAUCAUAGCCUUUUUGACCCCAGUCACCUUGAAAGUGGGUCAAAGUCAUUCAAUUAAACAACAUGGUGGGGCUUUGCAUCAGCAUGGUACAGGCCCAAUAUGUCAGAUGACUUAAUAAAGAAAUAACAUGA